AUGGCUCUCUGUGUACUCUUCUUCCUCCUCGCCGCCGUUGCCACCACCGUCUCUGCCACUGACCACAUCGUCGGAGCGAACAAAGGUUGGAAUCCAGGCAUCAACUAUACUCUCUGGAGUAGCAACCAAACAUUCUACAUUGCAUUUAGGUAUAAAAAGACACAACAUAAUGUUUUUGAAGUGAAUAAAAAUGGAUAUGAUAAGUGCAUAAUAGAGGGUGCAUUUGGGAAUUGGAGCAGUGGAAGAGAUUUCAUUCCGCUGAAAAAGUCCAAGAGAUAUUACUUCAUCUGUGGCAUUGGUGGCUGCACUGAUGCUAUGAAGGUUUCUGUUGUAGUUCACCCUCUUCCACCUCCUCCACCGUCACCGUCAGCCAUAGCCGCCAUGCAUUCUUCCGAAAAGGCUGCUGCUCCGACGACAGUUGGUGGUUUCGGGUCAAUGGUUCAUUCUCCUGAUGCUUCUUCAAAUUAUCAAGAGGUUCGAGCACCUAUUCCUUCUGAUUUUCUUGGAUCUUUGCCCAUGCCUGUUAAAGCUCGCGCCUCUUCAACUAUUCUUCGCCAACUGUCAUUCUUUUGUUGA